UCAGCUUUCUCUUCCGGGGUUUAAUGUCCUCAUCUUUGAAAUGGGUCGUUUGGACUCCUUGUCUAGCCAGGUUUUUCUGCCCUAAACUUUUGGGGACAGCCGCCCCUCUGAUCUGUUGGACUUGCAGUGUAACUAACCAAGGAAGCUGAGUUUGAAGAAGGAAAGCCGCUUUCUCUUUCCCUUCAGGGCAUCCUGGCCAGGUGCUUAGUUGUUGGUGAGGCUGCCCUGCGCUGUGCAGACACAGGACCUCUGGGGACUGGAGUCUGCACAGGCUGCGACUGGAAAAUCUGGUGGAAAUGUGCACUCCCUAAGGGACUGUCAGGAGGCUUAGGUGCUUGCUCCCUCUGUACUCUGCUUACCCUUGCUUGCGGGCCUCCCUGACUUGGGUGUGAAAACUGGAGCAGCAGCCCUUGGGGUUCUGCUUGCACCCUAGUGGCCCUGUAGUCUCUGGGCUGGAUGGAUACAGGGUGAGCCCCUGACCUCUGGUCUUAGUCCAUUCAAAUUCGUCAUGGCUCCUUUCAGGCUCCACCAUGGUGAAGCCUAGGGCCAUCUUUGCAGCCCAGGGAGUCUCCUCCAUCUAAGCUGCUCCCCUUUGCUGCCUGGUUUCCUCCUCAUCUCUGGCGGCUCUCUCUGAGUAUGUCUUUCCCAGUGGCUGAUGAUCACCCACAGGAAGGGCCGAGCAGAGGCUUCCUGUUGUGUGCCUGGUUUUACAGUUUUGGGCCUGGCCCUAGAAGGGUCUCAGGGAAUGCUUGUGGAAUAGAUUGAGGACAACUACCUUCUCUCAGUAACCGCCGGUUUCCAAGUGCCGAUUGUGUGAACAUGGAGUCGCAGUGUAAUCCUAAGUUACUAUUCUCGUCCCCGCUCCAGGAAGUGGAGGCCUAGAGAAGUCCAGCACCUUGCUCAAGGCUGCCCAGGUGGAGAGUGGUUGGGCUGGGCAGGUUACUUUUAGCCUUGGGUGUAGGACGGGCGUCUGCUGAUUGGGUCUCUGUGGGCAGCAGAGGGGGCUGAUGUGGGUGCUGUGAUUUCUGCCCCCAGCACAAUGCUUCAUUGUGGGGUUUUGCAACCCGUGGAUCCUUCUGUACAGCCCCAGGCUUGAGCAACUCCAGCUGUGUCAGCUCCUCCCGGCUUUUCAACACUCCAGUGUUGUGAGGCUUAACUGUGGCCCUGAGUCCCCGGAGUACAGAUGUCAAGGCUGUGCCUGCCAGCCUAGCAGUUGAUCAGAGGAAGUGGAGCCGUGUCAGCUCAGGGUACAACCUUGUGGCUGUUUUUGUGGCUUUUGUGCCUCUUGGGGGUUACAAGAAGGAAAGCAUGGCUGGUAAGGCUGGCUGGAAACAUGGUUUCUUCCUGAUCUACUCAAAGGUGGUGUCAUGAAUAAGCUGAAAGGAAGCCAGCCAGACCAGGUCCAGAGGGUGUCCCACAGCUGCUCUUAUUGAAGCAAUGAGAUAAACAGUGAGGAGGACAGAAGGAUCAGCUUUUCCAUGGAGAGGCAAGUGGAGGUGAGACACUGCCCCAGCAUGGACUGCACCCCCGGAAACAGGAAGUAAAAGCUAGAGCAGCUGUCUGCCUGCCAUGGCUUGUGAGCCUCCCACAGACCCUGGUGGGUCAGCUGGUCCUCUGCCCACCUCUACUCUGGAUUGCAACACCCUGCCUCAGGGGAGCCCUGCUGGCUGGGGGCAAGAGCUUCACAAUGGCCAGGUCCUUACCGUCCUUCGGAUCGACAAUACCUGUGCACCCAUCUCCUUCGACCUGGGAGCUGCAGAAGAGCAACUGCAGGCCUGGGGCAUUCAGGUCCCUGCUGAGCAGUACAGGAACUUGGCUGAGAGUGCCCUUUUGGAACCUCAAGUGAGGAGGUAUAUCAUCUACAACUCCAGGCCCAUGCGGCUGGCCUUUGCUGUGGUGUUCUACGUGGUGGUGUGGGCCAACAUCUACUCCACCAGCCAAAUGUUUACCCUGGGCAACCAGUGGGCAGGUGUGCUGCUUGCGACCCUGGCCGCCAUCAGCCUGACCCUGACCCUUGUGCUGGUCUUUGAAAGGCAGCAGAGGAAGGCCAACACUAACACAGACCUGAGGCUGGUGGCCGCCAAUGGAGCCCUCCUCCGCCACCGAGUGCUGCUGGGGGUGACAGACGCAGUGGAAGGCUGCCAGAGUGUGAUCCAGCUCUGGUUUGUCUACUUUGACCUGGAGAACUGUGUGCAGUUUUUGUCCAAUCAUGUUCAAGAAAUGAAGAGGAGCCAAGAGGAGAUGGCCCGGCAGCUACUGGCAGUGUUUGCUGGCUACUACACCCGGCUCCUGGUGACCUCUCAGCUUCCCCAGCCAAUGGGAACACGACACAUGGACUCUGCGUGUGUCCCAUGCCCCUGCCAGCUCAUAGAAACACACAUUCUGGGCACAGGAUGCUGCCCAUUCCUGGCCAGGUGACCCAGGGACAAAGACGUUCAUCUUCCUCCAGGACUGAGAAGUGGCGGAACAGUCAGGAGCCCAGCAUGGCCAACAGUGAGUUCAAAUGAAAUCAGCAUUUGGGGACGCUUUGGAGAGUGUCACUCAUGGAGGCCCUGGGCUCAUAAAGUUCAUGCCAGAUGCCUUGUUUGCAUCAUACAAUGGCCUGGCCUUGCUGGAUCUGAUGCAUGAGCUAGAGUUGACGGAGCCUGCGAUCUGGAUGGAGGAUCCCUUCUGUUGCCUGCAGAGCUCUAGAAACCUGCAGCUGACCCCAAAGGGCAAGUCCCUGACCCUUGGUGUCAGAUGGGGAAACUGAGGCUCAGAGAGUAUGCUGCUCUUUCUGCAUUGCCUCAGGCUGCUGCUGUCAUAAGCCGACCCGUUUCCAGUGUCAGGGAAGAUUGUCAGAAGGGUGAGCCUGUUUAUGAACUGCAAUACUGUCUGGGCUUGCUGUCUAUUAACACUUGGAAAAGAAGAUCCUAUUGGACUCAGACUGAUUUUGUGGUGCAACGUGCUAGCUUGUGAUUACAACUCCAUCCUGCCGAGCAGCAGUGGUAUUUCUGACACUAACAUUGUUCUGGAAUGAAGUAUGAUCAGACACUCACUCUGGGCUGUAUGAAGAGCUCAUAGAUCUCCACAGAGUUUGAAGACUGUCCACAAAGUCGAGCUCCAAAAACUAGUCUUCGUGGUUUUUGUCCCCCAACAAAUCAUUAUUAUAAGUUGGAACUCUCCUUGAACUGGCAUAUGUUUUCAUUCCUGUUGGGCUCUUAUUCAUGCCUCAAAACCCAGAUUUCCGUAUAUCUCCUGCUGCUGUAUCAUUGAAAUUCCAUAAUAAGAGCUGCUCCUAUUGUGUAUGUUUUAUGUUAUUCUAUUUCCCCCCUGUACAUACCUCUUUUCUGUCAAGACUGUAAACUCCUCAAGGUCCAACACUGUACCCAUCUCCCUUCUGGGAAUGACCUGGACUUGCCUAGAAAAAAAUAAUUCUCAGAAGUCCCAUGGAUUGGUUGCCUUGUUCUGCAGACAUGGUAGAAUAAUAUCCAGAUCAUGAUGGACCAGC